AUAGAAAAUAUGGAGCAGUGCAUUAUAAAUAUUAAAGGCAGAGGAAAACGUGUCAUGGCGGCUGCGACAACACAUGUAUGAAGAAACAGGCGGCUAACUUGUACUGGAUUACUGCUUUACUUUGCGUUGUGGUGACCUUCUGAAGGCAUUGAAAUAACAACUGCUGCAGGAAAGAAUGAAUGAUAUUGUAGCAAAUCAUGCAGGAAAGAAAUUCAAGAAAAAUAAGAAAAAAGUUAAGAAGAAUGUAACUGGAGAGGUUAAGAGUGAUGCAGCUAAGGAGUUCGAGUUGGAAGACUUAGCUGAGAGUGUUGACAGUGGCUGCAUCCCAGACAGCUCCUCUGACAUCAUGACUGACCUUUCUGACACAGCACAGAUUAAAACUGCUGUGCUUAAAGAAAACGUAUUUAUAUCCAAUUUGUUAAGGUGGCUGCCACUUCCUCUCCAGAGCAAAGAACCAGACCCUGAGCCAGAAAUAAAGGGUUUGCUUAUUCCUGCUGAAGGCAAGAAGAAGAAAAAUGAAAAGAAGAGGAAACGAGAGGAGUCAGGGCCUGUCAGUAAGAGACAGAAAGUUAAUAUUGACCCUACAAAGAGUACUGCAGAUCUAGACCAGCUCCAGGAAACUUAUCAGAGAACUCUUGAUGACUUAAAAAAGAAUAGAAACAAGGGGAACCAUUCAACUAGGAAGAAGGAAGCUAAACUGGCCAAGAAGUUAAACCUGCUUGAGAAGAGGAAAGAUAAGAGAUUAAAAAGAAAAGUGAAAUCAUCUGGAAGGACUGAGGUGAAACAGAAUAAGAAAGACAUGAAAAAGAAUUUACAGGAAAUCCAAAGCAGUCCUAAAAAUGUCAAGCCACAGAAACCCAUCUACAACCAGAAGGGAGAGCUAGUGUUCAGCAAGUUUGAUUUCUCCAACAGCAUCAAUCUCUCAGGGGAUGUUGACACCACCAUGAAAUCAAAGGAUCUCAAACAAAUCUUAUCCCAGACUUUGAAAGAGAAAGAAAAGAUGAAGCAUCUAGAAAAGAAGGGGGACAAGGAAGCAGCAAUCAAUAUUGCUGACCAGAGAGCAUGGUCUGCUGCACUACAGAAGGCUGAAGGGAAGAAGGUUAAGAGUGAUGUUGAGAUGUUAAAGAGAUCCAUUAAGAAGCGAGAGAUGCGCAAGAAAAUCAGUCAAAAGAAAUGGGAACAGCGCAAAGAAACCAUUCAGAAGCAAAAGACUGAUAAGCAGAACUUGAGGAGAAAGAACAUUGCUGUUCGUAGAGAAGCAAAAGUAGAUAAAAAAAUGAAGAAAAUGAAGAAAAAAGGACAUAUAGUUCCUGGAUUUUAAUGAAUAAUGUAUGUAUGCAAAGAUGACAAAAGAACUGGAUUGGACGCAAAAGUGCCCUCCUGUCCAUUACUGACCCAAGGUGAAAAUCUGGCCUCAAGCUGUUAUUAGCUAGUGUGAAAUGAAUGUGUUGUAUCUUUGUGACUACUUCACUCAUCUCACAUUUGCCAACAAUAUUUAUCUAAGUAUAUUUUUGGCCAGAUUUCUGACUGGGGUCUGUUAUGACAAGGUGGGUGUCUUUGUGUCAGAUCCAGGUCUGUUGUUGUUUAUGAUAUAUAUUAAAAUAGUGGAUCAUAAGUGAACAUUUUCACUCUUGCAUUUGCAGUACCACCUUGUUGUGCUGUGCAGAAAAUUGAUUAUAUUUGUUAUGGCAUCAAGACAACUGACUUCAAUUUAAGAAUACCAAAAAGAAAAAAUUACCUUUUCUUGACUGAAAUAAAAGCACACAUGAGACUUGUGCAAACCUUGGAAAGAUAAAAAAUAUUAAAAUGAAUAAUGAAAAUACCUGUGACAAAUUGUAAAUGGCUUUUAACAACGAUGAAUUGAGAGGCUUUAUUACAAACUGUUUUGAAGGUACUAUAAUUUGUGUUUAAUAUGUUUUUUAAAUCCUAAAAAUGCUUAUCACUUCUAAAAACAGCAGUAUGUGGUCUCUCUCUCUCUCUCUCUCUCUCUCUCUCUCUCUCUCUCUCUCUCUCUCUCUCUCUCUCUCUCUCUCUCUCUCUCUCUCUCUCUCUCUCUCUCUCUCUCUCUCUCUCUCUCUCUCUCUCUCUCUCGGCCAUCAAAGGACUUCUGAAAGUCUUGUGCAUCCUUUUGUGCAUCCUGUUGGUUUUGAGUUCCUAAUAAUAUAUCAUCUUGCUUGUCCUGAAAGCAUUCUGUUGAUUACAGAAUUUGUUAAUACCUGCAAGACAACUUGGUAAAGUAAUACUAAUAUGCAUAUAAUGAUGUCACCCUUGCAAGUUGGUGGAAGUAAAUUUUUGGCCAUAAGAAUCAGACUUUUCCAAACAGUUUUACACUUGCCAGUGUGGGUAUUUUCAGGAAAAUCUGUGAUAGAGGCAUUGAUAGAUGGCCUGGUCUCUUGGAGUGCCUCAAAUGUAUUUUACCACCUUUAAAGCUCUUAUAGGAGAUGGUUGUUCUAGAGUCAUAUUAUUGCAAAUAUGUUGAAAUUAAAUGCUUUCUUGAAAGAAGUGAAAUUCACUGUAGGGUAUGUCAAAUUGGAUUGUUAUAAAUAUUUAUCUUUUGUAGGACUAUCAGGUAUGGUUGGACAGCUAUAUUUCAUUACUACUGUGAUCAUGCACCAGUUGAGUUAUCCAAAUACAGGUCUAUGAAUUGUCA